CAGUAUUACGAAUUCAUUGUGGCCAUGGGCUCGCCUGCAAGCAAUGGCAGCGCGCAGCUCCUCCUCCGCCUCAUCUUUUUCUUUGCUUGGUUGCACCUCUCUGGAGCGCAAUCUCCCGAUGCCUAUCCUCCCGCUACAGCCCCAGAUGCCUCUCCUACCCCUUCUUCCGAUCCGGCUCCUUCCACCAGUCCCGCUCCUUCCGAUCCCGGUUCCUUCAGUCCCCCUCCUGCGCCUUCCGGUUCACCAGCUCCAGUCGAAGAUACCUCUCCUCUCGCUCCCGUUCCAGCCGCAGUAGCCUCACCCUUCUCGUUCAGCUUCGACUUCUCCAACGCCUCCAGCUACCGCAUAGAAGACCUCAAAUUAGAGGGCAACGCGGCCGUGCACGACAACCUGGUCGACGUCACCUGCAACUCGUUCGGAGAGAGCCCCACGCACUGCACGGGACGCGUGUCGUACGCGCACCCGGUGCCGUUCUACGACAGCGCCACCGGCGAGGUGGCCAGCUUCCAAACGCGCUUCACCUUCGCCAUCAUGUUGGAGUUGGAAAACAAUAGCAAGACCGUCAAGGGUGAUGGCAUGGCUUUCUUCCUCGCCUAUUACCCAUCAGCCAUGCCGCCGCACUCAGGCGGGGGAAACCUUGGCCUGCUGCCCUCUGGCGACGACGGCAAGAGCCUGACCGCCUUCGGAAACGACCGGUUCGUCGCCGUGGAGUUCGACACGUUCAGCAACUCCUGGGACCCCGACAACACGGUGGACCACAUCGGCAUCGACAUCAGCUCCAUGAGUUCGGUGAAGACGACAAACUUGACCAGCUUUAGCCUCAACGGCUCCAUGACGGCCACCAUCACCUUCGACAACACCACCAGGAUGCUGGUCGCCGACCUGCAGUUUCAUGGCAAUAAUACUUCUCGCCCCGUCCAGGUCAGCGCGCAAUUAGCCGAUCCGGUCAGCACCUUGCUCCCGCCUCAGGUGGCAGUGGGGUUUUCCGCAGCCACAGGCAAUGAAAUGGAGCUGCAUCAAAUACUGUCAUGGUCCUUCGACUCCUCACUUGCUCCGCCCCGCAAAGGUCAUGACAUGAAGGCAGCGCUUAUUGGAGGGUCAAUUGGAGGAGCCGUAGCUUUGGUGGUUAUGGUGUGGUGUGUCCUCUCAUGUUUCAAGUGGAGAAAGACCAGUACAAGCCAUGACUUUGUAACACGAACUGGCGGACCCAGACAGUUUGAGUACCGUGAUCUGGCUGUUGCAACAGACAACUUCUCCGGGGAGAGGAUUAUUGGGCGAGGUGCCUUUGGAGUAGUUUACAGAGGCACCCUGAUCACUAGGGGGUCAUCAUCAGGUGUGCCCUCUAGAGAAUCAUGUGCAUCGUCGAGUGAACGGUCAAACUCGAAGGGAUCAGAAAGUGAGGUGGCUGUAAAGAAAAUCUUGAAUGAGCCGAGGGGAGGAUAUCUUGACUUCUUCGCCGAGAUGAACACCAUUAGCGCAGCGAAGCACAAGAAUCUCGUCAAACUGAAAGGUUGGUGCUGCCGGGAAAAAAGCCGGAACAUGCUCAGUUUCUUGUGCUGGUGCUGCAGGAAGGAGGAUGACGAGCUCUUCCUUGUCUAUGAACUAGUGCCCAACGGCAAUCUGCACUACCACCUAUGUGAGAGUGAGCAAGUGAUAGCAUGGCCAACAAGGUACCAAAUCAUCAAAGACAUUGGCUCUGCUCUUAUUUACCUCCACCAUGAUUGUGCCCCUUAUAUUCUGCAUAGAGAUAUCAAACCAAGCAACAUACUCCUGGACAACAACUUCAAUGCCAAGCUUGCUGACUUCGGGCUGUCGAGGAUCGGCAACCAGGACAACGCGACGCUGUUGACAGCCGCUAUAGGGACCGAAGGGUAUAUAGAUCCAGAAUGCAGGAAAAUGGGGAAAGUUAAGUUCUACCCGAGCUCUGACGUCUAUAGCUUCGGCAUCGUCCUGCUAGAUAUUGUAUGCACAGGGAAGUCCAGGGAGCAAGUCUGGGAGCUGUACAUAAAAGGCAAGGUCGUGGAGGCUGCAGAUGGAAGGCUUCAUGGCGGCGACGACUUGGACAAGAGGCAGAUGCAGCGCGUGGCUAUCCUGGGACUCUGGUGCUCUCUUCGUGAUAGUUCCAUGAGGCCUACCGUUAGGAAAGCAAUGGAGGUCUUGGAACGUGACGAGCCGUUGCCUGACCUUAACCACUUGGCGAACACUGCGGUACCCUCGGCACAGCAAGACACCUACAUCAUUAGCUCUGACCAGCAUGCACUUUUGUCAGAUGGCAGCUAGAUCUUUCAGUGAGCCAGAAGAAUGACUUUUGGGAUGGUUACGUCAGUCAACAUGGACUACUACACUAUGUAUACACAUGCAUAGAUAUAGCUGGCUCUCAGUGUUCCUACUUACCUGCGAUCAGCCUGGGGUGCAUAGUUCUUAUGCAUCUCACGGUUAAUCUAUGUUGCUGCUGCGGUUUGCAUCAUGUAUUCAUGUUGGUCUUUGUCUGCAUUAAAUGUUGGCUUGGCUAUAUGGGCAAAUGUAAUAAACAGUUAUGAUAGUCAAUGUACUAUGUACGCAUGUUUAUUAUUUA